AAAAAAACUUGAGAAUCCAAAAUCUUGAACGUGCAAUGAGAAAUUGGUUUUCUAAAUUCUAUCCUUUUAGAAAGAAGGCUGUGGUAUUGAGAAAUCCGGCGGGGCAGAAGAUUAAUGAAAAAUACAUGAUUUUCCAUGACCAAGAGCUCGGGCAUGGAUCCGUUGGGGUUGUACGUGUGUGCAUAGAUUUGUCUUCCUGUGAGAGAUUGGCUUGCAAGACUAUAUCUAAAAAGAAGUUGGAGGAUGACGAUCUUUUUGAAUAUAGGAGAGAGAUUGCGAUCUUGAGGCAUUUAAAGAAUCAUCCAAACAUUGUCUCUAUAAAAGAUGUUUGUGAAGAUGACAAUGAACUUCACAUUGUAACAGAGCUGUUGAAGGGAAAGACGUUGGAAGACUAUAUUCUGAGUAAGGGACCGCUAAGUGAGAAAGAGGCUUCAACCAUUUUUAGGACUGUUGUGGAAAUCAUUCAGGUAGCAAGAUGAAUGCCAACGCCCUGUUCGCAAAGAGGAAGGGCAAGACCCAGGCAAAGGAGAAGGGGCCCUCGGGCCCGAAGCCAGCCGACGCGUUUUUUCCGAAGGUCGUAGAGCCUUCCGCCGGGGACGUCCAUGCUGCUGUGGGGACCGGGGAGUCGAAGGCCGAGGCGGCCGUGAAGAAGAAGAGGAGUGAUAAGGGAGUGGAGCCCCCUACCAAGAAGCAGAAAGCCGCCGGGGGCGCUGUCGAGGGGGCGGCCCCCCUCAUAGUUAUUGAUGACAUGCCCGCCGCUGAUGGGCCUCUGGCCUCGGUCACCCCGAAGGCUCUGGUGAAUCCAUCCCCGGAGGAAUUACCCCGGGAGAUCCGUCAGCUCUCCUUUGCCCCCGGUGCUUCACUGAUGCACGGCACUGCCGAGCCGAGGGCCUUCCUGCGGGGCAUCACCUCGAAGAUGGACAGAGAAGUCUUCGAGACAUAUGACGAUGAUGCCCUCGAGAACAGGAUCCUCCGGUCCUCUCUCACUGCUUGCAUAGCCCUCGGGGAACAGGCCCGGAGGCGUGAGGAAAGGCGCCUUCAGGAGGCCGCGCAAGAUAAGAAGAUGGAGGGGCUGAUUCGCAAGAACUCUGAAGCGAUGAAGCAUGCUGCGCAGCUGGAGGAGGCCCUCCGGGAGGCGAAGGCGGUGGCGGAGAAGGCCAAGGCUGACGGCAUAGCCGAGGGCAAGGCAGAGGCCGAGAGGGCUGCUGCCGAGGCGGCGAAGAAAGCUGCCGAUGAAGCCCAAACCGCCAAGGAGGGAGCUGUGGCCGAGGCCCGAGGGGAGGCAGUUGCUGAGUUCCUCGCCGAGGGCUGGAGGACCGAGGGCCACAAGGAGUGGGUGGCCUCCGUGGUGGCAGCCUCGGUGGAUGCUUGGGUAGAAGGCCCCGGGGUUGACUGGCUGACAGAUAGGGGCGACGCCUACUACCAGGGGGGUGAGUUCUUUACCCAGCACCUGAUUUACCGGAGGCUCGUCAGGCACUUUGGCGUGUCCCUCGACCAAUUCGACCCCUCAGCAUACGGCCUCCCUCCAUUGCAACCAGAAGUGAGAGUUCCCCUCCCCCCGGGCGAAGAGCGGCCGACAAUAUACGAUUCUGUGAUGAUGGGGGGUGAUGGGGGCGGAGCCGUCGGUGGUGAUGCUGUUGGGGAAGAAGUCUCCUCCAAGGCCGCCGUAGAAGAUGCCACCGGAGAUAAUGAUGUUGAAGUCACAGUGAAGAUCUGUACUUAGUCAAUUUUUGAAAAAUCUUUGUAAUGAACAUUUGUCACCCCUCGGCUUUGGCCAUACUCUGUAACAAAUACAUUUGAAUCCCUUCUUUUUGUUGGAUGAAUGAUCGCCUUCGGGCUUUG